CUUAUUCAAGUAAAGUGAUUACUAGAAUUGUAAGCAUAUCUACCUCAGCUAAACUUUGCAAUCCCCUUUUGAAGCAGUGUUCACUUCAAGCUCUCACUUUUAGGGAAACCUUUAACUUUACUUCAAAAUUUUUAUUUCACACGAGUAGAGAUUCAAAUAGUAAAAAAGAUUACUAUGAAGUUUUAGGAGUUGAUAAAAAAGCUACUGCUUCUGACAUUAAAAAAGCUUAUUAUCAGUUAGCUAAAAAAUAUCACCCGGACGCCAACAAAAAUAAAGAUUCGCAUCAGAAAUUCGCUGAGAUUAGUGAAGCAUAUGAAGUUCUUAGCGAUGAAAAACAGAGGUCACAGUAUGAUCGUUUUGGAUUUGCUGGAGAUGCUCAGGGAGGAGGAUUUCAAAGAGCCAAUCCUCAUUUUGAUCCCGAAGAAGUUUUUAGAGAAUUCAUGCGUGGCUUUGGUGGGCAAGGGGGGGUCUCCUUCGACAUUUUCGGGAACUUUGGCAAAAGACAAUUUCACGAACGAGGGGAUGAUUUAGUUGCUUCUGUAGAUCUUGAUUUUAUGGAGUCGGUUCACGGCUGUAAAAAAAGUAUCUCUUAUCGAGCGCUUCUCACGUGCUCCAACUGUUCCGGCACAGGUGCUCGUCCAGGCACCAAACCCGAAAAAUGUUCACCUUGUCGCGGCACUGGACAACAAAUGAUGUCUUCGGGAUUCAUGAAUGUUAUAUCCACUUGCAGCCGAUGCGGUGGCACAGGCGAAGUUGUUAAGGAUCCGUGCACCACUUGCAAAGGCCGCGGCCUCAAGCCGGAGUCUACUACUGUAGAAGUGGAUAUUCCAGCGGGUGUGGAAAGUGGCUUGCAGUUACAAAUCCGUAAUCGCGGCCACGCUGGCCCCUCGUCUGCUCCACGAGGAAAUUUAAUUCUGCAGUUGAACGUCAAAGAAAGCGAGACUUUUAAACGCAUUGGAAAUAAUGUGCAUGUGGAUGUAGACAUUAGUCUUUCUCAGGCGUGUCUUGGGGGAGUCGCCCGGGUUCCCUCGCUGUAUGGAGAUGUGGAACUGAAGGAACACAACCUGGCGAUCGAGUAA